UGUCCGCUCUCUGUGCUCUCUGCUCCGGAUCAGCUGAGGAGCCCGCCCCGGUGUGACUAUCGCCCCUGGUACUCUGGAGGUGUGUGUGUGUGUGUGUGUGUGUGGAGGUGGAGGAGGGGAGGAGAUGUUUAGACUCAUCCUCAGAACAAAUAACAGAGAUAUUGUGCCGGAACAUGCUCGGAUCAGACUGACCUAUCAUGGAUCCUGAGGAGUUAGAACUGCAGAAUGAUUACCGUUACCGUAGCUAUGCGGCGGUUAUUGAGAAGGCGCUGCGAAACUUUGAGUCUUCGAGCGAGUGGGCAGAUCUCAUCUCCUGCCUGGGCAAGCUCAAUAAGGCCCUGCAGAGUAACAUUCGCUACUCCCUCCUUCCCAAGAGGCUGAUCAUAGGGAAGCGUCUCGCCCAGUGCCUGCACCCGGCUCUGCCGAGCGGAGUACACCUCAAGGCUCUGGAGACCUACGAGGUCAUUUUCAAAAUCAUCGGUACAAAAUGGCUGGCCAAGGAUCUGUUCAUUUACAGUUCAGGAUUGUUCCCGCUGUUGGGCCAUGCAGCCAUGGCAGUGAAGCCUGUGCUGUUGGCACUUUACGAGCGUUACUAUCUCCCGCUGCAGAGGGCUUUGCUACCCAGUCUUCAGGCCUUCAUCACGGGACUGCUGCCAGGCCUGGAGGAGGGGCUGGAGGUUUACGACAGGACCGAUGCGUUGCUGAUCAGGUUGUCGCUGCUCGUGGGUCAGCAGGUCUUCUACGGUGCCCUGUGGGGCAGUAUGCUGGUCAGCUCCACGGUGCGGCUGCCUGCCUCCAUCUUCAUAGUCAUGCACUUUGACCGCGUGGCGCCCCUGCGCCAGCAGAUGUGCAUGCUCGGCUACGAUCACAAACUGGUGGUAAAGGCGGUGUGUCUUUCUCUGCAAGAUUCGAAUGUCCUGGUGCAGAGGAACAUGCUUGAAAUCCUGCUCUACUUUUUCCCCUUUGCUGAAUGUUUGCAUCCAGACGAGGCCAGUAUUACUAUGAGUGCCAAAGACAUGACCGCAGUGGUGUCCGCAGCCUGUCUUACACUACUCCGCAGAGACAUGUCCCUCAACAGACGCCUCUACGCCUGGCUCCUAGGGACUGACAUAAAAGGAGGAAUGGUGGCACCGCACCCGACUCUCUCCUCCACCAUAGAGGACCAUGCAUCCUUCUACUUCAGCACCUACUCUAGAGAUUGCCUCGUGCAGGCUCUGAUUAACAUCCUCAGACAGAAGGGCGUGGACACUGACCCGGAGAAUGUGAUCGGAUACCUCAGGCCCUUUCGCAUCAUCAUAAGUCUGCUGGAUAAACCGGAGAUAGGUACCGUGGUCUUGAGCAGUGUGAUGCUGGAGGUGGUCCGAGCCUUCUACAGCUACUGUCGAGAGAUGCUGGGGGAAGAAAGCAUCACCAGCGCCAGGCUCACAGGCAACCAGCUGGCCAGUAAGAUAAAAGAGAACAAGAACGCGUCAGAGAUCAUAAAGACCGUGAACAUGCUUGUGAGCUGCACAAACAGUGAAUACCUGUGGGACUACAUGACCCGACGCUUCUGCAAUUCUCUCAGUAACAAAGAUGACCCUCCAGUGCCUCCUCAGCCGGACCUUAGUCACUCUCCUCCGUCUGUCGCGGAGAUGUCACAUCUCAUCAUUUUCCUGCUUGACGUUCUUCCUCUGGAGCUCCAUGCUGACAUACAGUCCCAGUUUUUCCCAGAGAUGCUGAGCACCAUGCUGCAGAUGCUGCUCGACCACAUGGACACCGUUAGCCUGGAGGACAUCACACAGAGUCUGCGCGCCUGCUUCAAAGUUCUGAAUAAGAUCCAGAUGCCUGUGGCGUAUCUGGACAUCGAGGCAGCGGCACACACGGAGGACAUGGAGUUACUGUCGCCGGAGGAGGAAAGCAAAAAGUCAAAUGAGAGCACAGAGACUGAAGGAAAGGAAGACAGUCAGGUUAAUGGUCACCAUGAAGAGCUGAACCGAAAUGGAGCGAAUGGUGUUUACCCACCACUCCGGUCUGAAGACAGCGGAUUGGGCAUCAGCGCCUCACCGUCAGAACAGCAUCUCCCGCCAGGAUCAGGGCAGGAGGCCAAGGGGAAUGGAAACGGUAAAGAAGGUGAUGCAGAGUGGCGGAAGGGAGGCAGUGUAGACACCGUGACCCAGCGUAUGCAGGACAUCCUGGCAUACAUAACCUCGAGAUACCUGUUAGUGCAGGUGGAGGAUGUCAGGGCACCGGAGGAAGUACCCCAGCCUGACUUCACUGCUGCCACACCGGAUCAGAAGACUUUGCUCACGAAUAUAACUGGACUGUUCACUCCAAACAAACUUAAACUCCGCCCUACAUCUGACCCCCAAUGCUCAGCAGCCCCCGUGGAGAAGCAGGAGCACGGGCAUUCAGUGUGUCUGGACUGGGCCGAUGGCUACAUGCCUCGGGGCAAGGCAGAGAUCUCUGAGGCCUGUCGACAGGCCUUCACCGCCAUCUGCCACCUGCUGCUGGAGUGGACCACAUUCCCCAUCUACUUCAGCGAAGAGGAGACUCUGGCUCUCAACAGAAACAUGUUUGGUCCCACAGCCAGCGACAUAGACCACCUGCCGAUGUGGUUGAGGUCCCUGAUGAUGCUGUGCUGCCUGUCCCGGGACUACAACAUCCAGCACACAGCAGUGGCCUCUCUGUUGGAACUCAUCAACCACUCCCAGUCUCUAGCGCUGGUCAUCCAGGACAAGCACAGACGCUACCAGAGCGCUGACUCCAACCCUCUGAGCGGACGCUUGCAGAUGAUCACUGUGCCGCCCAUCUACCCAGCUGUGCUUUGCACCAUCGAGGAGCGGACAGAUUUCUUUCAGACGGUGUCCCAGGUACUGUGGAACCAGCUGGACACCGACCGGAAAGAGCAGCACAUUUCCUGCGUGGAACUCUUCUACAGGCUCCACUGCUUGGCUCCGUCAGCGUCCAUCUGCGAAGACAUCAUCUGUCAGGCGUUAUUACACAAAGACAAGGCUGUUAGGCUGGAAGCACUGCACCGCUUCACGGUUUUAUGGCACCUGACCCGGGAUAUCCAGACGAGCAGGUCCAUGUCUGUCAGCCGCUCCUUUGACAGGUCUCUGUGUGUUGUGGUGGACAGUCUGAGCUGCACUGAUGGCUCCAUAAGUGCAGCAGCUCAGCGCUGGCUGGAUAGAGCUCUUUCCCUCAGUGACGUGAUCCGGAUCCUGGAGCCUAUCCUGUUUUUGUUGCUUCACCCGUCCACUCAGCGCUGCUCUAUUCAGAGCAUCAAGCAAAAUGUCACUGCUGGUAACCUGAAGGUUUUAAGUCACAGAAGUCGAAGCUCCACCAGAUCUUCUGGGACAUGUGUAGAUACAAUGGCAACAGAAGUCACCACCUUAAAUCUCAUGAGCAUUGUGGACCGGGAAUCCCUGUGGGGAGAGUUAGACAGUGGAGGAGAGUUGGCCAAGCUACCAGCAGAAACUUUAGUGUUGACGAGGAAUUCAAGUGAAGAGACAGAAGAGGAGGAGCACAGAGAGGAGGACGAGGAGCCUGAAAGCGAACACACCGAGUCAGCUGACACCAGCGGCGCCCAGGUAUCCACCGAGGAGUCCAGCUCAUGCUCGGCCGUGGAAGAAGGUGUGGUCAACGGCCUGCGGAGGACAGAGUCCGAGCACACGCAUGCAUCCGAUUCGCUGUCAAGUGAGGACGAGGAGGAUUUAGAGCUGGAGGCCAUGGCCAGGUCUCGCCUGCUCAAACAGGAGCGUGAGAAGAGGGAGGCCAUCGACUCGCUGUUCCGCCACGUGCUGCUGUAUCCUGUGGCGGGCGGGUGGCGCCAUCUGCUCCAAGGCCUGGCACUGCUAGACAGCCUGCUGAGGAGCAGCGCUGAGUGCCCUCUGGUGGAUGCGCUCUCCUCCACCUCUCUGGACACAAGCUCUGCCGCACAUUUGAAUCUGGUCUCCAACCUCCUGCAGCGCCACCAACAGGCUCAGGAUGGUCACGGCUUCUAUGGCGGCCUGCUUUCACCUUCCGCCUCCCCUUCUGUGCCGCCGUCCCUCCUCAUUGAGCUGCUGGUGUCGUUGUGUCUGCGAUUCCUGCGUUCUCAUUACCCUUCCUAUCUGAGCCUGAGUCCUCUUGACAUGCAGGGGAACAGGGAGGUUCAGGUGAAGAGUGUGGGGGUGCUGACCCGAAUGGUGAACCAGCUUGGCUUCAUGGCACGGAGACAAGGGGGCAAUGGGGCCCGUCUGGAGCACGUCCGCGAACUCCUCUCUGGAUGUAAAGUGCAGCAGUACGCUCUGCUUACACUAUCUGCGUCCAUGUAUGUCAGCCAGAGAGGAACAGACAAGGGACAAGCCAAAGGUGUGGAGCUGCUGGAGGAGCAGGGAGGCCUGUCAGAGGAGACUCUGGUGAAUCUGGGAACAGGAGGUGGCCAGGAGCAGUACCCCUUACAGAUGGAAUUACUGAAACUCCUCCAGGCUCUCAUAGUCCUGGAGUACCAUGUGUGGCCCGGUGGGGCCGUCUCAGCAGCUGGAUCUGGUGGGCCAUCCGGCCAGACCGGGGAGCCCCGUGAAUCACCGACCCCCGUCACCCCACUGGCUCGCGAGUGGCAAACCGCAGUUCUUUUUCAACAGUCCAUCAAGGCGGCGCAGUACGUCCAAAGCCACCCCAUCACAGCUCAAGGGAUGUUUGUUUCCGCCGCGGCCAGGGCUCUGCAGCCACAGUACGGCUAUUCCAUGCACCCCCACUGGGUGUCACUGCUGUGCUCCACGCUGCCAUACUUGGGUCGCUCGUUAGGCAUCAUCGUGGGUCCGUUCAUCAGCCAGAUCUGCAGGAACCUGGACGAGCUGGUGAAGCUUUACGAGCACGAUGGAGGGAAGACGUCUCAGAGUCUGAGUGGUAGGAGGGAAAACAUUGCCCCGGAUUACCCUUUGACUCUGCUUGAAGGCCUGACCAUCCUUACACACUAUUGUCUACUGGACAACAAGAAGCGCUUGGUUGCCUGCGAUCCCGUGGACGUCCGUAACGCACGCAGCGCCGUGCUCGAAGAGCUGCCGCACAUGCUGAGUAGUAUGGCGUUGUUAUGGGGCGUGGUCAUGAGGGAAGAGUUUCAGAGGCGCGUGUCCGACUCUGCCCAGAGCGGCAGACAUUCUUCCACCUCUGUGUACUUUAAAAGCACCAAGAUCUUGCGUCAGCGGAUACUGGAGUUCCUCGUCCCUCUAACUGGGCAGUAUGGAGUUCAGCUCAUGGCUUCACUGGGAGAAGUGUGGAGCAGAAGGAAGUCUAAGAGGAGACAUAAAAACAAAGUUUUACCUGUGGCCAGCGAGUCUCGUCUGACCAUUGUUGAUCUGGUGAAGUCAUUGAACACCUUGCACACGGAUGCCAUCCUACAGUUGAUCAAGGAGGUGGUGAAAAAACCACAUCAGAUCAAAGGAGAACAGAAGUCAAGCCUGGUAGACAUCCCAAUGUUGCAGUUCAGCUACGCCUAUAUCCAGAGUAUCUCAGCUCAGACUCUGCAGGAAAACGUUGCACCUCUCCUCAGUCUGCUAAGGGAGUCAGUUCAGCUCAACCUAGCCCCGCCGGGACACUUCUUGCUGCUGGGGAUUCUCAAUGACUUUGUCAACAGACUCCCCAACCUGGACAAUAAGAGGGACACUAGAGAUCUGCAGGAGGUGACUCAGCGGAUCCUCGAGGCGGUGGGUGGGAUCGCAGGGUCAUCUCUGGAGCAGACCAGCUGGCUCAGCCGCAGCCUGGAGGUCAAAGUUCAGCCGCAGGUGUGCCCUGAAGCGGAGGAGCCCGAAGACGCAGACAUGGACUGUGAACAUUAUGAUUCGCUGGCUCAAGCGAGCACCAUGGUUUCCUCAUCGGCUCCCUCGGUUUACAGCGUGCAAGCUCUUGUACUCCUGGCCGAGAUCCUGGCACCACUCCUGGACAUGGUAUACCGCAGCGACGAGAAGGAGAAAGCUGUUCCUCUCAUUUCCCGGCUCAUGUACUAUGUUUUCCCUUACCUGAAGAACCACAGUGCCUACAACAUGCCGAGCUUUGAAGCGGGCUCUCAGCUGCUGAGCAGUCUGACCGGGUAUGCCUAUACCAAACGGGCCUGGAAGAAAGAGGUCUUUGAGCUCUUCAUGGAUCCUCUCUUCUUCACCAUGGAUAUGUCCUGUGCUCCCAGUUGGAAAUCCAUCAUUGACCACCUGCUGACUCACGAGAAGACCAUGUUUAAAGACCUCAUGAGCAUGCAGAGUGGUUCCUUGAAACUGUUUGUUAAUGCAGACCAGAAACCCAUGCUGCUGAAGCGCCAGGCGUACGCCAUGUUCAGCGGAGAGCUCGACCAGUAUCAUCUCUACCUGCCGCUCAUACAAGAGCGUCUCACUGAAGCUUUGCGUAUGAACCCCAGCAACGCCGUUUCAGCCCAGAUGUUCCUGAUGUUUCGUGUUCUCCUGUUGCGGAUUUCGUCCCAGCACCUGACAUCUCUCUGGCCAAUCAUGGUGACAGAACUGAUUCGCAUAUUUUCACGACUAGAGAAAUCUCUGCAGGCGGAUAAAGACGUCUCGAAACUGGCUAAAGUGGUGCGCGGAGCCCAGGAAAAAAAUGGACCGGUGAAUUUCUCUCAGGCAGAGUUGGACAUGUACCUGUCAGCCUGCAAGUUUCUGGACACCUCCCUGGCUUUUCCUCCAGAGAAGCUGCCUCUCUUUCAGAUGUACCGUUGGGCGUUUGUCCCUGAGGUGGAUGUGAGCCGCUACAGCGGCCCAGACAAUGCGCUGAUAGAAGGCGAGCGGGAAUGCUCACCCCAUGUUGUCAGAGUAGUGGAUGGGAUACAGCAGCGCUAUGGGUCACAGAACGGGCUGAGUGACGAAUCAUCCACGGACAGUUUGGAGUUCCCCCUCCUCACCCAGCACUCCCUGACCUCCAUCACCCAGCUGUUGCCUUUCCUUCGCACCCUUUGCUGCUCGUUCCAGGGCCCUCCCCUCCACAGCCAGUCUAAUCCACCCUGUCCAGCGGACUACCCGGCAGCCAGUUCAGAAGCGGUCAUGAAGAAGCUCGAAUGCACUAUUGAAGCGGAGUUUCUGGACGCCAUAGAGAGUUAGAAACCAUGCACGAAGCCGUCAUGAGCCAUGCUUUUUGACCUGCAGCCAUAUGAGUAAGAUAGGCACAGCCGGUGAUAAUGUUGUAUUGUGAACUAGGGGGAAAAAAAAGGAAAUGUUUUGAAUUCUGUUUUUUAAUGUUUUAACUUAUCUGAUCUCCACAUAAACCUCUGAGGUGCUCUCACACUGUAUCUGUAUUGGAAAUGCCAAGGGACUUUGUUAUGUUAUUUCAGUGAGCUAUUUGGGUGUCUGGAAAAAAAAUUAAAAAAACAUAAUAGACGUAUAAAACCACAUAGAAAGCUUCUCUUUCUCUCUCAAGGAGUCUCAUCUCAGAUGUAAAACAUUCACACACUGACGUUGUGUCAGAGUUUACUCUCUCUGCUUUUAGACUAAAUAACGUUGCCGCUAAAAAUAGUUACCAUGUAAGCAAACUCCAUUAAAAGUAGUUUCACCGAAUAGAUUCACUGUGAACGACCUUUUUAAGUAUUGUUAAUAUUCUUUUGACUUCUUUCAUAACCUCUGGUUAACCACACUCUCUGCUACUGUCUGUCUGACUGACCGAGAAUGUAAUGACCACCACCCGUGUAUGUCUGUUGUUAGAGGUACUUUCUCUUUGAUUGAUAUCGGAUACAUUAUGGGACCUCAAGCUUUUUGGCUAAGAUUUCUGUUGUAAGUUACUGAAUGUGAUUUGUUUACACCCUUUCGAAUAUUUUGUGGGUAUACUCAGCUAAAAUGCACGCUUGCCAUUUUUGGUGUUUAAGGGAAAUCGGCCUUUCUUUGUAGUUGAUCUUGGUUGUCUCUCUUUUUUUUUUUUUCUUUCCACAAUGCUGAAUGCUUUAUUAAUUUAUUUUGGAUAUUUAAAGGACCAUGUCAAGUUUUGAAUUAACAGAAAGAUGACUCAUUAAAUUAAAUAUUAAGCUUAAA